AGAGGAAUUUCGUUCCAUUUUCGUUCUUAUAACGGUUUUCUUUAAGUCAUUGAUACGCUGUUAUCAGUGUUUUUACUGCACAAUUACAAGCUACAAGGCAGUAGUGAAAUGUUACUGGUGUUGAAAGCUGUGCUUAUUUAUGGUAAUAGGAAACACGAACAAGUUUACAGAGGUUUAGUAAAUCAGUGAGACAUUUAAGAGUAACCACGUUUGCCUUAUUUGUCAACAUAUUCAACUUCGGCAGAAUUUAAUCAUCUGCUUAUAAGUUUAAAAAUGGAACAGAAACCUGCUCCCAAGGGCAGAGGGGCCCUCCUCGAGAUGCUCAAGAAGCAUAAAGAGGCUCGGGCCGGGGGCGCUGGAGAGCCUGUAGAGGAACAGGCACCCCCCAAAACUCGCGGAAGGGCGAUGCUUCUACAGAAGAUUCAGGAGGCUAAGGAGAGGAAAGCUGGGGGCGACAGUGGGCAGCUUUCAACGCCGGGGCCUUCGACGGUGUCUUCGGAGACAAGGAGGGGCGUUUCAGGGGUCACAAAGGCGUUGGGCGAAGUUGCGAUCACUGCCUCGGAGACGUGCUCUUACAGAGGUGAGAGUGGAACUCCAAUAAAAGCCACUGCCAAUUAUAUUCUCCUAAACGUCGAAAAAGACCGUGGCGUUUUUGAAUACGAGGUCCGAUUUCAACCCGAUAUCGACGCCAAAUCAAACAGAAUUAAACUAGUAAAUCAAGCUCUUGGAGAAUUAAGCACGACAAAAGUGUAUGACGGAGACGUAUGUCUCUACUUACCAUGUCUUGCAUUUUCUCCUAGACAAGAAUUCGAAAGUGUUAUACCCAACACAGAAACUCCCGUCACAACAACACUAAUUUAUAAAAGAAAGAGAAAAUUGAGCGAAUGUUUACAUUUGUACAAUGUGCUAUUUAAGAGAAUUAUGCACAUUUUACUCUACCAACGAAUGGGACGAAAUUACUUCAGCCCAGAUCAUAAAUAUCUUGUGCCUCAACAUAAGCUCGAAGUAUUGCCUGGAUUUUGUGUGCAUGUUGAUGAGAUGGAAGGUGGUUUGAUGGUGUGUUUGGAUACACAACAUCGUGUAAUUCGAUCACAAACUGUUUAUGAGCUAUUUCACGAAAUUAGAGCAACGAAUCCUCGAAAUUUUCGUGAGGAAGUUACAAAGAAUGUAAUAGGAGCUUGUGUUCUUACAAAAUAUAAUAAUAGGACGUAUAUUAUCGAUGAUAUUGCGUGGAAUAUGAAUCCGAAAGAUACGUUUGAAGAUCGAAAUAAGGGGCCAUCUUGUUUUAUCGAUUACUACAGGGAACAUUAUAACAUUAGGAUUGAAGAUGUGGAUCAGCCAUUGCUUAUUACUCGUCAAGUUAAACAAUCGCCUGAUGGGAAAAUUGAGCGUAUGAUUUGUUUGAUUCCCGAAUUGUGUUAUCUUACGGGACUUACCGACGCGAUGAGGAACGAUUUUAAGGUGAUGAAAGAUGUAGCAGCUUUCACUCGUAUCACUCCAAAUCAGCGAAUGUUGGCAUUGCGCACAUAUCUGGAUCGAGUUAGACAAUCAGAAAAGGCUAAGCAAGUAUUGAGCGGUUGGGGUUUGAGUCUUGCUGAUGAUACUGUUGACGUAAAAGCGCGAGUUUUACCUCAAGAAGCGAUUUAUUUUGGAGGACCUGAUGCUGAAGCACAUAAAUAUACCGGCGGAACCGAUUGGAAUAAAGCUAUAUCCGAUAAUAAACUUACUGGACCUGUUAAUAUAACAAAUUGGCAAUUGUAUUACACACGAAGAGAUCAGAAAUAUGCGGCUAAUUUUGCACAAACAAUUGUACGAUUGGGAAAAGGUAUGGGAUGUGUUAUCCAGGAUCCUCGUCAUAUUGUCUUAGAUGAUGAUCGAACGGAGACUUAUAUGACUGCAAUCAGAGACAAUGUGGCAAACACACAGGUGGCAGUAUUUAUCUGUCCAACCCUCCGUGCAGAUCGCUAUUCCAUCAUUAAAAAAAUGUGUUGCGUAAACAUUCCAGUUGCCAGUCAGGUCAUUUUAAGCAAAACCCUUUCAAAUCCACAAAAAGUGCGCACAAUAAUUCACAAAAUCGCAAUGCAAAUCACUUGCAAACUUGGCGGCACUUUAUGGAGUGUAAAAAUUCCAGUCAGUGGUUGGAUGGUUUGUGGAAUUGAUGUUUAUCACGGUGCAAACAAUCAAUCCGUUUGCGGUUUCGUUGCUUCAAUUAACGGUUCGAUGACCAAAUACUUCAGCAAAGCAAUGUUUCAAGACGGAGAAAUUGGUGAUUAUUUUAAAAUGCCGUUUCGUCAAAUGCUCCAAGCGGCUAAAGAUCGAGAAGGUGCUUUUCCGAGUAAAGUAAUCGUUUUUCGUGAUGGAGUAGGCGAUGGUCAAUUGGAACAUUGCAGAAAAUACGAAAUAACACAGCUACAGGAAGUUAUCAAAGAACUGAACAUCGAAACGACUAUAACUUUUGUAGUUGUGCAAAAACGGAUCAAUACUCGAAUUUUUCGAACGGUUAAUGAGACGAAUUUUGAAAAUCCUCCAUCUGGGACAGUGGUUGAUAACAUGGUCACACGAAGGCAAUUCUACGACUUUUUCCUUGUGCCGCAGUCGGUUCGGCAAGGUACUGUUAACCCAACUCAUUAUGUUGUGCUAGUAGACGAAGGUAAUAUCAAACCUGAUCAUUUACAAAGACUUGCAUAUAAACUGUGUCAUUUGUAUUAUAACUGGUCGGGAACUAUCAGAGUACCUGCGCCUUGUCUUUAUGCGCAUAAGUUAGCUGCGAUUGUGGGGCAAUAUAUAAAGAAAACACCCAGUACACAACUGGAUGAUAAACUUUUUUAUUUGUAAAAAAUACAUUUUUAUUGAUUGUGUUAGGCUUAUGCCAGAAAUAAUUCUCGUUUUUUUUUUCGAAUAUUUUUGUUACCACUCAAUUUUUAUGAUUAUAUUUUUAUACGGACAUAAUAAAGUGCCAUUUAUUUAUAAACUACCUGUCAUGGUUCCUACCCACUCAAAAGUUUUCCCUAGUUUCGAUAAAAAAACAUAAUUGCAUGUGUGUUGGAAUUGCUUGAUCGGAAAACAAUAAAAAAGUGAUAUUGAAAUUAUAGAAUGAUUAUUAAAUUAUGAAUAAUUUAAGAGCGUGUGGAAUUUUUAACUGGAAUAAAAUUCAUAACUUGUAUAUAGGCGGUUUUUGUGAAAAUUUCCGAAACAGGUCGAUUUUUAUUUUCUCUUGUGCAUUAUUUGGUGGAUAUGAUUUUUACCAUUUCGAAAGCAGUACAACGCACUGAAUAUUGUCAAGGCCUACGUGAUAAAAAAUUAUUUCUAGUGUCUAAUCUUUGAUUAGACUAAGAUUCAUAACUUGGAUAUAAGCGAUUUUUGUAAAAAAUCCUGAAACAGGUCGAUUUUUGCUUUUUCUUGUGCAUCAUUUUGUGCAACUGGUUUUUGGUUAUCUGCUGUCUGAAAUGCACAGCCACCUUUAACGUUUUUUAUUUUUCUUUUCAAGUGUAACUAUGUGAAAUGAUACUUUUUGUGAAAAGCUACUUUGCAAGCAAUACAACGCACUAUUUGUUUUCUGAAUAUUUUUAAAACCUACGCGAUAAAAAAAUAAAAAACAAUCUUGAAAUAUCUUGAAAUUUGGCAAAUCACAUUCUAAAUGAUACAAAAUGUUAGGAAUUCAUAUUACUAUCGUACUAAAUGAACGGUGUCCAUUUUGAACAUUUGUUGCAUUAAAUACUGUUAAUUUAUAAAAUUGGUUUUUAUUUUUUUGUCACGAAGGCUUUGAAAAUUUUCAAAAAACAAAUAGUGCGUUGUAUUGUUUGCAAAGUGAUCUUUCACAUGAUGUGUCACUUGACAUACCAUUACAUUUCAAAAAAAAAGUUAAGAGGUGGCUGUGCAUUUCUGAUAACAGAUAAAAACCAUAUGCACCAAAUAGUGGACAAGAAAAAAUAAAAAUCGACCUUUUUCUGAAAUUUUCACAAUAAUCGGUUAUGAAGUUACGAAUUUUAUUCCAUUUAAAAUGCCACUCUGUAUAGCAUUUAAUUUACAAGAAAGUAAAACCCAAAACAUAAACCAAAAUAAUAUUUCUUAACGUCAAUCGUACUUCGUAAAAAAAUUUUACGUUUUAAAAAUCGUUUUUUUCUAGGAAUGUAUUUGUUACCAAAUUAAUUUAUAAGUAAUUUAUAAGUAAUAAAGUGCCAUUUAUUUAUUUAUUAUAAAUUAUCUCUCUUGGUUCUAAUCUAAUCGGCAAUCACAAAUUUUUGCUUGUUGCACUAAAAAAUUAAUUGAGUGUGCAUGCAAAAAUUUCAGCUGGCGCCGAAAUGUCCUUUGCUCUUAUAAAGCUAAACUUGGAUUUUGCACUAACAAUCCCAAAAAAGUAGAUAACGAAUGGGGGGACAACACAACACAACCUUGACCUUGAGUUUGAUCCCGCCCAUUUUCCCCUCUCUUUCUUCCAAGGCCACUCGUUCUCUCUCUUACUUUUCAAGGCCAACCCCUCCCACUUCCCCCACCGCUUCAAGGCCAAGGCAUUAUUGGACCUUGAUGUUUUCAAGGUCAAGGUCAUUCAUGCUACUCCCCCACUUUUGCAAGGCCAACAACUCCUCACUCAUUCAAGAUGAAUCGCGCAAUUGUCCUUACUCAUUUUCCACCCCAAACUGUAUAAAAGUUAAUGUGUUGUGUUGUGUAACACAGUUCUUGUGUAUAUCUGCAAUAACAAGAAAUUGUUCGAAAAAUGGAAGUUACAAGGAAGUGUUCGAUUUUAAUACUCCUGGUAAGUUUAAUAUUUUUUUAGUAGUUUAGUUGAAAAUAUUUUUUUUUCAGAGGAUGUGAUUACAUGUCCGUACGACAAAAACCACGUUCUUUUUUGGUUUCGGCUCGAAAGGCACAUUUGGAAGUGCCAUCGGGCCGAUAAAGAAAAAGAAAGGGCCUUAUGUGAAGUGAUGUUGAAAGAAGAAGAGGAGAACUGGGAUCAUUUCAAUGAGCCCAGCUACCUCGACUUCUUAAAAACUAAAAAGAAUCAUAAUGCCUUAAAUUAAAGAAGGCCGGGGUUCUUUCGUAAAAAUAGUGUAGAAUAAGUUUAGCUAAGUAGUAGUAGUUGUAGUAAAAUGUAAAUAUUAUAUUAUUGUAUAAAAAAAUAAAAGUUGUAAAAAAAAGCUACAUGUUUUUAUGUACACCUAUUUCAACCUACUGAUACAAGUAAGUGUACAAGUGAUACAAGUAAGCAAGCAGAGAGUCGCUCACUGUUUCAAGACCACUCAUUCCCUCUUUAUCUUUGAUGUUUUCAUCUCACUUUUUCUCAUUAUCUCACUUUUUCAAGGCCACAUUUUCAUUCAAGGUUAAAAAAGUGGGGGUAUAGUUAAUAUAUAGAAUUUAGUACAAUUUUGAUAGCAGUCAGUACUGAUUUAAUCCUCCGAGAAAUAAGAAUAUAAAAAAAGUGCAUAUAUCUGUGUUAAUGUCUAAGAGUAUUCGCUGCUGGGUCAUGGAUGUAUUGAAUCGAAUCGCUCGAUGCGGACAGAAGCCCAUUUUAAAAGCUGGUGAGCUAGAGUUGAACACAAGAUUCCGCAUACAUAAUAUUAGACGCACAAAGUCUCUGUUCGGAAAUUCAGUGCUUGUUGAGUUGGACAAUUAUGCAGUGUUUCUGCCGAGAAGAAUAAGUGAUUAUUUGACUGAGGAGAAAAUUGAUGAGUUAUUACGAGAUCCACGUCCACUAUAUUUAAUAUAUUUGGGAAAAGAAGAUGCUAGAAACCCGACAUCUGCACAUUGUUUUGAGUUUCAACGUGUUGAUGAUGAAAUAUUAGGUGAGUGAACAUAAUGUAAAAUGGAGGAUGAAAAGAAAUUAAAGAAAUGUAUAUUUCAUUUACAGUUAACGAGGGUGCCGAAGAGUAGGAUGAAAUUAUCGGAAAAAGACUUAUGUGUGUGAAGUAGUGUGCGUUUUGUGCUAGUGAUAGUUUCUUAAAAUAAAUGAAUAAAAAUCAUGUGUCUAGACGAUGGACAAUAUGAAAAAAGUUUAUACGAGUGUUUUGAUAAAAGACUGUUAUCAUAUAAGAACUGGGUACAUUCAUACCCAUCUCCAUGGAGUUUAGCAAAAGCGGGAUUGUUUUAUAUUCAAAUAUCUGAUUGUACCCAGUGUUUUGUUUGUGGAGUAAUAAUUUCACGAUGGGAAAAAAGUGAUGAUGCGUUUAUGGAGCAUAAAAAACAUUCUCCAAAAUGUGGAUAUGUGAAAUUGCUUUCCACAGACAAAACUACAAUUCAAAAAUUCAAAUUAGUUACUAAAAAUAGCAUUAUUGUAGUUUUAUUUUUUAUAGUAUUUGUAUUCAUGUAUUAUUUAUGUGCGUCUUCUUAUGCAUAGGUAAUGUGAUGCAGACUUGUUAACCUUGAUCAGUGUCGGGCGCGCGCCAAAGGCGAGGUAAACUAAAGGUUUCAAGAGGCGUCUUGAUUUAAUUAGUUUAUAAUUAAAUAAGUGGUAGAAUAAUAUGGAGGAUUUAUAAUAGAUUUAAGGAUAUUUAAUGUACUACCUAUAAUAUUGAUGAAAUAAAGUGUUUUAAGUGA